AUGAGUGAGAUGCAGUACCUCAAUGUGUACGUGCGAUGUCUCAAUGCCGUGUGGGGAGAGAUUCUGCGCAUAGUAGAGCGCAUUGUGAUCGACGAGAAGUACGACGUCAGGCGGAUACGCGCGCUGGAGAAUGCGUUGGAGUCGCUGUGGGCUUGUGUGCAUGCCAAAGGCAAUGGGCUGCCAGCCGAUGUUCUUGCGGAGGAGCGGUACAAAAUCCUCAGACAAGUCCUUACAGCAAUGGAGGCGAACGAUGGGGAGAGCGUGGUAAACCUUCACAUGUUCAAUCAGGAGAACCCGAAGCAGGCGGCUUUCUUAAAGGAGGUGAUGAAGAAGAGCAAGGACAAAUAUAUACAGAUGUACCUAAGCUCAAUACCAUAA